AAAAAAAUACCAGCUAAGACGAUAUAACAAAUAACAACACUAAUAUAUAAACUCUCUCUUUUUUCUCAUUGCUCCUCUCACAUAUUGUGAAUCAGAAAGCAGAUAAUUUUCUCCAUAUUAUAAUCUUCAAUUAACUAACAAAAAUAAAAAAUAAAAAAAAUAAAUCACAGCCAUAGCCCAUAGCCAUAGCUUUAUUUUCCAUUUUAGCUUCUUCUUCUCUUCUUUUCAUAUAUACGUUUGAAUAAGGAAUUGAAUUGCAUAUUCAUCUCACUCUACACACACAAAAAAUACACACACAAAAAAAACACAGUUUUCUUAAAAGGAACUGUUUGUUUCUUCUUCCUUUGGAAGAAUUUUUCACAAUAUUAAAAGCAACCGCCAUUAACGGACUCGUUUGAAGAUCUCUUUAUUCUCUGAUUUUGAUGAGAAUUUGGAGGUGAUCUGUGGAUUUUUGUAUUAUUUGUUAAUUGGAGGAUUAAAUUUACAAAAUGGUGAAGAGAUAUGACUUAGAGAUGAUGACGUGUACAUGAGUUCUCAACUCAAACGCCCCGUUGUUGUCUCUUCUCCUGCUGAACCUUCAGGGCAAUCCCCAAUGAUGGGUGGAAGCAGUGCGAAUAAGCUAACAACAAACGACGCCCUUUCCUAUCUAAAGGCAGUGAAGGAAAUCUUUCAGGACAGAAGGGACAAAUAUGAUGAGUUUCUUGAAGUCAUGAAAGAUUUCAAGGCUCAAAGAAUUGACACUUCUGGUGUCAUAGCGAGGGUGAAGAAAUUAUUCAAAGGGCAUCGAAGCCUAAUUAUGGGGUUCAAUACAUUUUUGCCCAAGGGAUAUGAGAUCACCAAUCCUGAGGACGAACCCCCAGUGAAAAAGCCAGUUGAAUUUGAAGAAGCAAUCAGUUUUGUAAACAAAAUAAAGACUAGAUUUCAAGGUGAUGAUUUCGUAUAUAAAUCAUUUCUUGAUAUUUUAAAUAUGUAUAGAAAGGAAAACAAGUCCAUUGCAGAAGUUUAUAAUGAGGUCUCCUACCUUUUCCGUGGCCAUCCUGAUUUGCUUGAAGAGUUCACCCAUUUUUUACCUGAUGCCAUGGCCGCAGCCCGAGCUCGUCAGGCUCAAGCUCAUAGGGCCCCUAUCCUGCGUUAUGAUGCGAAAAGCUCUUCGAUGACCACGGCAAGGCACAUGCACGUCGAGAAGAAGGCUACUUCACAUGUCGACCGGCCUGAUCCAGAAUAUGAAGAAACAACGAUGAAAACUGAAAGGGAUAGAAGGGAUCCACAAUAUGAGGAUAGAGAGCUGGACAGAAAAUCUGUUCAUAGAGAUUCUGCUGUUGACCAGUUUGAACACAGUGUGCAGGACCAUGGUUUUGCUUACUGUGAGCGGGUUAAGGAAAGAUUACAGGAUAUCGGAGAUCGAAAUCAGUUUUUUAAGUGCCUUCAUAUCUAUAGCAAGGAAAUAGUUACAAGACCACAAUUACAAUCCCUGGUUAGCAGCUUACUCAUGAAACAUCCAGAUCUCAUGGACGGAUUUGAUGAAUUUAUUUCUCACUGUGACAGGACAGAUGGUUACCUUGCUGCUAUUCUGAGCAAAACACGAUCCUCAUGGAACGAUGAACACAUUCCCAAGUCGGAUAAAGUAGAAGACAGGGACAAAGACCGAGAUUGUGAGUGGGAAGACAGGAAUAGAGUCCGCGAAACAAGAGAAAGAGAUAGACCUGACAGAGGCGUCGCCUAUGGAAGUAAAGAUAUACAAGGGCAGAAGAUGUCUUUGUACCCAAGCAAGGAUAAAUACGCAGCAAAACCUAUACAUGAACUUGAUCUCUCCAACUGUGAAAGUUGCUCACCGAGUUAUCGGCUUCUUCCAAAGAAUUAUCCAAUUCCAUUAGCGAGUCAGCGAACCGAGAUUGGUGCUGAUGUACUAAAUGAUCUCUGGGUAUCGGUGACAUCAGGAAGUGAGGAUUACUCUUUUAAACAUAUGCGCAAAAACCAGUAUGAAGAAAGCUUGUUCCGAUGUGAAGAUGACAGGUUUGAGCUGGAUAUGCUUUUAGAGUCUGUCAAUGCAACAACAAGACGUGUUGAAGAAUUGCUCAACAAGAUCAAUGAUAAUACUAUUGCCAGUGAUAGUCAUAUCCGUAUUGAAGAACAUUUUACUGCUCUGAAUCUAAGGUGCAUUGAACGUCUCUACGGUGACCACGGGCUUGAUGUUAUGGAUGUGUUAAGGAAGAAUGCACCACUUGCACUUCCAGUUAUACUCACUCGCUUGAAGCAGAAACAAGAGGAGUGGGCAAGGUGUCGUUCUGAUUUUAAUAAAGUUUGGGCUGAAAUUUAUGCCAAGAACUAUCACAAAUCACUGGAUCAUCGUAGCUUUUAUUUCAAGCAGCAGGACACGAAAAGCUUGAGCACAAAAGCACUGCUGGCUGAGAUCAAAGAAAUCAGUGAAAAUAAGUGCAAAGAAGAUGAUGUGCUUCUCUCUGUUGCUGCUGGAAAUGGGCAACCAAUUAUCCCUCACCUGGAGUUCGAGUAUCCUGAUUCUGACAUCCAUGAAGAUCUUUAUCAAAUCAUUAAGUAUUCAUGUAGUGAAGUUUGUACAAGAGAACAGUUGGAUAAAGUCAUGAAGAUUUGGACCACCUUCCUGGAACCAAUAUUUGGUGUUCCUCGUCAACCUCAGGGUGCAGUGGAUGGUGGAGAUGUUGAAAAGGCUAAAAAUCAAAAUGCUAAAGGUAACACAGCAAUUGAUGGGGAAAGGGCUGGUAGCCCUGCUAGUGACUCAGGCAUGAAUUGCAGACAAAGCAGUUCCAGGAAUGGAGAUGAAGAGCCUCCACCUCAGCAUUCAAUUUCUUCCAGAGUUCGGAUUGCAAAUGGUGAAAAUGGGUUUAAGGAUGAUAAAUCUCCUGAUGCAACUGGUGUGACACUGAAAAUUGUCACUUCAAGGACCCUCCUUCAGCAUGGAAAGGCAGCCGCUGAUCCCAACAUGGCAGAUGCAGCAUCUGGUCUCAGCAGAGAGGCUUUUGGUGCUGACCAGCUAGUGCUUUCAAACAGCACGGUUGUGGAGGAAAGCCAUGGAAGAGUCUGUAGAGAAACUGCUUCAGGGCAUGGUGCAGGUACUUCCAGACCUAGUAGUUCCUCAAUCAAAUGUGAACUUGAGAUAAAAUCUUCUAAUGACUCAAAGGAUGGAGGGUUGGUGGACCCAAAGGCAGAAGGUGUGAAGGUUGAGAAAUGUCUUGAAGAAUCCAUAGGAAAAUGUAAACUUGAGAGAGAAGAGGGCGAAUUAACUCCAAAUGGUGAUUUUGAGGAUAAUUUUACACCAUCAAAUGAAGGUGGUCCAAAUGUAUCACAUAGUUUAAAGGGAAGUUCAAGUAGUAAGCUGUACCAAAGUGGACAUAGAGAAGUAGUUCGUGGUGGAGAGAGAGGAUGUGAGAAUGAUGCUGAUGAUGAAGGGGAAGCAAGUGCUCACGGGACAUCAGAGGAUAGUGAGAAUGCUUCUGAAAAUUGUGAUGUUUCAGGUAGUGAGUCUGCUAAUGGAGAAGGUUCUCACGAAGAAGAGCGUGAAGAUGGGGACAAUGAUGAGAAUGAUAACAAGGCAGAGAGUGAAGGAGAGGUGGAAGGAACUGCUGAUGUCCAUGAUGCUGAAGGAGAUGGUGCUGUUAUGCCAUUUUCAGAACGUCUUCAACAUACAUCCAGGCCUCUCACAAAGCAAGUUCCUUCUAUAUUUCAUGACAGAGAGAAGGAAUCACGUAUAUUUUAUGGAAAUGAUUCAUUUUAUGUGCUGUUCAGACUUCACCAGACAUUGUAUGAAAGACUACAGAAAGCAAAAUCGCAUUCUUCGUCAGCUGAACACAGAUGGAGAGUCUCAAAUGCUAUAAACCCCACUGAAUCAUAUGCCAGAUUCAUGAGUGCACUUUAUAACCUGCUGGAUGGUUCCUCUGACAAUGCAAAGUUUGAGGAUGACUGCCGAGCUAUUAUUGGAGCUCAGUCAUAUCUUCUCUUCACCUUAGACAAACUGAUAUACAAAAUUGUCAAACAGCUACAGACAAUUGCAACUGAUGAGUUGGAAAGUAAACUUCUCCAACUGUAUGCUUAUGAAACCUCAAGAAAAUCUAGCACAUUUUGGGAUGUAGUUUACCAUGAAAAUGUGCGUGUUCUUCUUCAUGAAGAGAGCAUAUACAGGAUAGCAUGUUCAUCUACACCAACACGUCUAUCCAUACAACUCAUGGACUAUGUUCAUGAUAAGCCUGAGAUGUCUGCGGUGUCAAUGGACCCAAAUUUUGCAGCUUAUUUGAGCAAUGAACUCCUCUCUGUUAUUACUCUGAAGAAGGAGAACCCUGGGGUGUUCUUGACAAGAAACAAGCGUAAGUAUGGAUUUGGAGAUGAGACUUUUCCAGGUGAAGCUAUGGAAGGAGUUCAAAUUAUUAAUGGUCUAGAAUGUAAGAUAGCAUGCAGUUCAUCAAAGGUCUCUUACGUUUUAGACACUGAAGAUUUCUUGAUCCGGUCAAGAAAAAGGCGGAGAACAUUGAAGGACAGAUUUUCAUCAAAUGGCCACUCGAAGUCUUUGAAUGGUUCUAGUAAAGUACAACGUUUCCGCAGAUUACUCUUCAGUUGAAAGAUGUGCAUUUUGCAUGAAGGUAAUCUACAAAUUCAAUUAGUCAUAGUUAUAGUUCUAUGACACGAAAUGGAGUAAUGGAGUCCAAAAGGUAGAAUUUCACACGAUUUACUUGCUCUCGAAGGUUUCUGACUUUAUGCUUCUGAUAUUUGUUUCUUAGCCGACUAAUCGUAUUUGUGGAAAUUCAAAUUUUGGCCCCCGCUACCAUAGAUUUAUGUACCUUUUCCUAUUGAAUAAAUGAUCCGGCUAACAGCUUGGAAAAUUUGUAGGGUGUCAUCUCUAAAUUUUGUGCCCAAAUUGAUGUAAAUAUCCUUGCCUUCUCUGUUGUAAAACACUAAAUUGUCAAUUUCAUGAAAUUUUCCUUGUUACUGUGUA